AUGCUCAACAUGGCUUCCCACCUCACCUCUGCAUCUCUAGCCACGCUACUCGCGGCCGGCAUGGCCACCGUCCUUUUUGCCUCCGCCGCCCACGGCGUGGGCACGCAGGGUGCCCCCAAACAUCUCCACUUCUACAUGCACGACUCCAGCACUGGCCCCAAACCCACCACCGUUCUGAUCGCCAACGGGACCGGCCAGCCGCUCAAGGGCUCCGGCGGCAGCGCCCGGUUCGGUGACACAAUGGUCAUGGACGACCGCCUCACGGAGGGCCCUACGCCGGCCUCGAGAGUCGUUGGGCGUGCCCAGGGAUUCUACGUGACGGCGUCUCAGGGCGACCCCGCGGUGCUCCUCACCAUGAACGUCCUGCUCGCCGACGGGCCUUACAACGGGAGCUCGCUGGCCGUGAUGGGCCGCAACAACGUCAUGAUGCCGGAGCGGGAGCUGGCGGUGGUUGGCGGGACCGGGGUUUUCAGGAUGGCGACGGGGUACGUGCUCUGGAAAACCGCGAGCUGGCGUGAGGGGAGCGCCGUCCUCGAGCUGGAUGCCUUCGUCUACGUGAGUCCGGCGGCCGCCGGUGCAUGA